AUGCUUGGACACAGAGCAGUCAUUCCUGCAAAGUUGCGUAAUCAAGUAUUAACCGAGCUUCACGAAGGUCACCUCGGUAUUGUUAAAAUGAAGUCUCUGGCGCGAAGUUACAUCUGGUGGCCCAAAAUUGAUAAGGACAUUGAGCACCUAGCCAAGAGCUGCCCUGGUUGUCAACUUCAACAGAAUGAAGCCGGCAAAGUACCCUCACACCCCUGGGAAUGGCCAACCACACCUUGGCAGAGAAUCCAUUUAGAUUUUGUUGGGCCGUUCCUAGGACGAAUGUUCCUUAUUAUUGUAGAUGCACACUCGAAGUGGCCUGACGUGGAAAUGAUGCCAUCCACCACAUCGACGCAGACCAUUGACCGACUCCGAACCAUUUUUGCCCGAUAUGGACUGCCAGCACAGGUGGUGACCGACAAUGGGCCACAAUUUACAUCCGCAGAGUUCCAACUAUUUUUGAAGACUAAUGGUAUCAAGCAUAUUACCACGGCCCCAUUCCACCCUGCAACCAACGGUCAAGCGGAACGUUUUGUUCAGAGUUUCAAACAUGCUAUGAAAUGCGAGAAACAAAGUGCAUCCCAGCUGAAAACCAAUAUGGCAAAGUUCCUUUUGGCUUACCGGAAUACCCCGCAUUCGACGACUGGAGAAUCACCGUCCGUGUUGUUUUUGGGCAGACCGCUACGGACUCGCCUCGAUUUGGUGAAACCUGAUUUACAAAGGAAAGUGAUGAAAAGGCAAAUCGAUUAA